AUGGAAGUUGUGCAACUUGGUUCUCUGUGCAAACAUUUAUCAUACGUGCCCACGCAUUGUCGACAUUUGCAUUGUCGAUUGUUGCGAAAUCCCAUUCAAUCAAAGAAACCCCAAGAAAAACGACGUAUCUUUGCUGAUAACUUAUUUGAAAAUCUUGAACUUUUUGUCAUAAAAAUCGCCUACGAUGACCUUUUAUACCAGAAGACGUGAUAAAGAGACGACUUACGACUAAACACGUGACAACUGGUCGAAUUUCUUGUUUCUGUCUUGAGCAUCAAGAUCGCGAGAUUUUCGUAGAGGAAAAAUCCCUUUCAAUUCUUAUUGAGACACAGCACGCACGCACGUUGUUACGAAUUAAAUGAUUUCUAUACAAACGACAAACGGUUACGUAACUAAUUGUACACAUUCAAGAAAGGUGCAUACACCAAAUGGAGUGAAUUGCUCUUGGCGGACAUUGCUGCAGAGAUCCGCGAGAACAAAGUGAAAGUGUGUGCACGAGGAUCGAUGGAUGUCAGUAAACUCUUAACGAGAAUGUCGUAAGGUUAAGGACUCAACGUUCGCAACGUUUCUUACAUCGGCAAUGAUUCAGCCUGGUCGACAUUGAUCAGUCAGAUAUCGAUCAAUUAUGCAAGGAACGUAUGGACGGGAAAGAGAACAUGUAUCUACAACUACAACUAUAACUCUGGAUUGGACAAACUUUUGGAAUGGUAAAUUUCUGGGACGGUCAAAUAAUAUUCGUAAGUAACUGUGACAGAUAAUUUCCACAAAUUCGUCUUAAAUACUUGGUAUCGCGCAUUCACGUAAUAGAACCUCUGACCCGUGCAAAUAUAAGGAAUAGAAGUUCACGAUCGACAAAAAGUCGUCGGAAUAACCGCAUGUAAAAAAUACAAACGUAUCGUUUCUACUCACCUUCUGUCUCUUCACAUCGUCUGA